ACCCUUGCCUUCUUUAUGUAUUAAUUAUCACACUUAUUGUAGAAACCACAGAACAGCGAGGCAUAUUAAUUUGGAUCUUUCCUGAUCUAAUACCUCUAGGAUAUAUUAAUAGAAAGCUGUGUUGUAGUAGUUGAACUAACUCGGGUUAUUGGAUUUGGAUAAAUUUGAGGCAGAAUAGUGAGGUUGCUCAACCCAAGUGGAUGAUGGGAAUUUCUUGAAAACAGGAUUGCUAUGAAGAUUUGUUACAAAGAUUGAAACUUUGUGAGAUGGGGUUGAAGAUGUACUUAGUUUAUUGAAGUGACUCAAGGUGUUGGAUAGUUAAAGAUUUAGGAAUAUGGCAACUCCAGUUGAACCUCCAAAUGGGAUUAGAACCCCGGGGAAACAUUACUAUUCGAUGUGGCAAUCUUUGUUUGAGAUUGACACAAAGUAUGUUCCCAUCAAACCAAUUGGUAGAGGAGCAUAUGGAAUUGUUUGCUCUUCUGUUAACAAGGAAACCAGUGAGAAGGUUGCAAUCAAGAAGAUAAACAGUGCCUUUGAUAAUCAUAUUGACUCCCUGAGAACUUUGCGUGAAAUAAAGCUCCUUCGCCAUCUUAGGCACGAAAAUGUGAUUGCUUUGAAAGAUGUUAUGAUGCCAAUCCACAAGACAAGUUUUAAAGAUGUUUAUUUGGUUUAUGAGUUAAUGGAUACAGAUUUACAUCAGAUCAUCAAAUCCCCUCAAACACUCACAAACAACCAUUGCCAGUAUUUCCUAUUCCAGUUGCUUCGAGGUGUGAAGUAUCUCCAUUCUGCAAACAUUCUUCAUCGCGACUUGAAGCCUGGGAACCUGCUUAUCAAUGCUAACUGUGAUUUAAAAAUUUGUGACUUUGGGCUUGCACGUACAAGCAAUGGCAAGGGCCAGUUCAUGACUGAGUAUGUUGUUACGCGCUGGUACAGGGCACCGGAACUCCUGCUCUGCUGUGACAACUAUGGAACUUCCAUUGAUGUAUGGUCUGUUGGUUGCAUUUUUGCUGAACUCCUUGGAAGGAAACCGGUCUUUCCAGGUAAGGAGUGCCUUAACCAACUUAAAUUGAUCAUCAACAUCCUUGGCAGCCAGAGGGAAGAAGAUCUUAGAUUUAUUGAUAACCAAAAGGCGAGAAACUACAUAAAAUCACUUCCAUACUCUUACGGAGCACACUUUUCCCGACUGUAUCCCCAUGCCCAUCCUUUGGCCAUUGAUCUGCUACAGAAGAUGCUUGUGUUUGAUCCUUCAAAAAGAAUAAGUGUUACAGAAGCGCUUCAACAUCCAUACAUGUCUCCCCUAUAUGAUCCAAGAUGUGACCCCCCAGCACAAGUUCCUAUCGACCUAGACAUAGAUGAGGAUUUAGGGGAACAGACGAUAAGGGAAAUGAUGUGGAAGGAAAUACUACAUUACCAUCCCGAAGCAGCCACAUCAACUAUGGAAGUAGUUCUGUGAGCUUCAGCUUGUCCCUUUCAAGACACGGACCAUGAAACGUUGUUGUUUAGAUAAUAUUAGAGCUCUUUGUAAUUUUAUACUAUCAAAUAUUUUCUGUCUUUUAAUAAUGUUAAGAGUUAUAUUGCAUCAACAGCCUUGAACUUCUUGAGCAUGUCGCUAUUCUGUAAAUAGUUCUGGUUUCAUACGUGAUCGACUUUGGAAUUUAUGGACAUUACUGAUGCUUCGUGAA